AUGGCGCUUCUGCUCGCUACUCUGCGCGUCCUGCUGGGAGGCUUCUUCGUGCUCACGGGGGCUGCCAAGCUCUCGGAACAGAUCUCGGCUCCGGUGUCGGAGCAGAUGAAAGCCCUGUUCGUGCAGUUUGCUGAGGUGUUCCCGUUGAAGGUGUUCGGCUAUCAGCCAGAUCCCAUGAGCUACCAAGCGACUGUGGGCUGGCUGGAACUGCUGGCUGGGUUGCUGCUGGUCCUGGGCUCACCGAUCCUGCAAGAGAUCAGUAACUUGCUUUUGACCCUGCUCAUGAUCGGGGCUAUCUUCACUUUGGUGUCUCUGAAUGAGUCACUGAGCACCUACAUUCCUGCCAUUGUCUGCUUAAGCCUCCUGAUACUGCUGGAUACCUGUCACUUUGCAGCCCAAACUCAGGGGGCCAGACCCACAAGGAGGAAGACUCCAAGUACAUUCAAGGAAUCCUGAAAGUAGAAGGUCUCUGCCUUUUGGCACCAUGCCGCUGUCACAGCAGGAACACAGUGGAGCACACAGACUCUACCACCCUGUUAUUAGAACACCCCGGGCCAUCCAGUGCUGAAACAAACAUCUUCCUAUCUGGCCGUGCUUUCUCUCUCUUUAACUUUUACUGCUCUUUUUCAGGAGUACAUGUUAUACAUAAUAGCAUUCCUCAUGUCAUGUAAAAAUAGAAAAUAAGCAAAAAAGAAAUUUAAAUCACCCAAACUUUGAAUGCCCCCUCAAACAACCACUUUUAAUUUGUUAGUGUUGCUAUACCUCUCCCCUUUUUUCUAUGCCUUGAUACAGUUUUUUCUUUUUAAUGAAAAUGAGACAAUAUAUACUGUUUCAUU